CUACACAUGAAUAAAUCAUUGACUAUCAGCAGUAUAUAAACAUCACGUCAUUCCAUACAGCUGCAGCAUAUUUUAAUCUGCUUUUUAUUUCUCAAGAAUCUAUAGGCUAAACAAAACCUCUCAAUUGGGUAAAACGGGAUAACAUGAUCACCUUCCAGUGUACAAACAUAAGCAAAUAUUAUAAUUGAGUUUCAAAUGAAUUGUGUCAUUUAUAUUACUAGAGGAAAACAUUUUCUGUGUUUUAUUAAAAGCAAAAAUAAUGUUAUCCGAAGCAAUUACACUAUACGACACGUGCAGUACACCAGAUGUUAACCAAAUGGGUUGGAAUGCACAUUAUGCAGUUAAUUUACACAUUCUUUAAUAAGUGGUGUUUUUUUUAAAUAUCAUUGAAUACAAAAAAAGUCAGCUGCCUUACACUUUCCUGCAUUUGUUAAAUUGUGGUUUUCUCACUGCGACUGUGUGUCGCAAGCACUCUUGAGUACAAGUGCUAAACCGGUAUCGAUGAAGUAUAUUUUAUUUUAAAGACCGGUUUCAUAGUCUCAUGCACAGAUGUUUAUCUGAACAUUUACCUACGAAACCAUAAACACAGACUGGUGUCAGUUGAAACAGUGAUUCUUUCUGGUGUUUCGUUGAUGUUCAGCUGUCACUGUGGCUUGAGACAGACAAGGAAAGAAUAAUUUUUCUGCAUGGUUUGCCUCAUUGAGAAGCUGAGACUGGCUCCCUCGGGAUCCCAUCAGAUGAGGGCACUCUGCGGCGUGUGCGAGGAGACAUGUCUAUGUGCAUGCGUGAGAGAGAGAGAGAGAGAGAGAGGAAGAGCAUGUGUGCACACAUAAAGGAAAGAGGCAGAGAGAGAGAGCGAACGCAGAUGAUGCUGCUCAUUGGGGGAGACUGUGCUGGUUCUGGCUUUCCUUCCUGUGCUACGAGAUUUCCCUCAGUAAGCGUUGACCUCAGUGUCCUGUCCCUUCGACACCUCACUUUCUCGGAGAGAGACAGAACGACAAAGAAGAGGGAACAGGGUGGUACGGGCAGAGGCUAUCAUGCGUGUGCUGUAACUGAGGACAAGACGCAGCCGGACACGAGGAGAAACAAGAAAGAAGCUGCAGACAUUAGUCCUUUAUUAUCCAGAACCAGCAACAAAGACAAAAGCAUCUAAAGCCGAGACUUGGCUUUUAUCACUCCGAUGUGCCAGUGGCAUCACGUCGAGGGCGAAUACAAUGUCUGUGGCUGGAAAAAAGGAGUUUGACGUGAAGCAGAUCCUCAGGCUCCGUUGGCGCUGGUUUAGUCACAGCACCCAGAACCCGGCUGGGAACGGUGGCUAUAUCCAACAGGAAGGUUUUGACCACCGGGGAACACCAGUCCGGCUGAAGGGUCACUCCCGGGACAGGGGAGGACUUCGCAAGAGCAACAGCCCCGCGCACAGCAUUCUGACUCCGAACCCUGGACCCACGCCAGUUUACGUCAGGCCCGGCAAUCAAUCAUGGCACCAGCAAAACAUCAUCCAGAACCUCCAUGCAAGCGAGGAGCUCCCAAAGAGCGACUCACCUUGCAGUGCCAGCAAAGAGGAGGCGAAGAGUAGCCAUGAGGAUGUGAAAAACAAUCCAGAGGAUGCCUCCGAGGAGGAAGCCAUAGACAGGUUGGCUUUGAGCAGUUUCUCUAGAAUGAGCUCCAACUGCUCCGAUGAGUUUUUCCAGGCCACAAACCACGCGGAACAGACCUUCCGAAAGAUGGAGACCUAUCUUCAGCACAAGCAGCUGUGUGAUGUACUUUUGAUAGCUGGAGAUCACAAGAUCCCUGCACACAGACUCGUCCUGAGCGCAGUAUCAGACUACUUUGCUGCCAUGUUCACCAAUGAUGUGUUGGAGGCAAAACAAGAGGAAAUUAAAAUGGAGGGUGUUGAUCCGGAGGCGUUGAGAGCGUUGGUUCAUUUUGCAUAUACUGGAGUCCUGGAGCUGAAAGAGGAGACAAUUGAAAGUCUUUUAGCUGCUGCUUGUCUCCUCCAGCUCUCACAAGUCAUUCAGGUUUGCUGCAACUUUUUGAUGAAACAACUGCACCCGUCUAACUGCCUGGGGAUCCGCUCAUUUGCUGAUGCUCAGGGAUGCAUGGAUCUUCUGAAUGUUGCUCACAACUACACUACGGAACAUUUUUUAGAAGUCAUCCAGAACCAGGAGUUUCUACUGUUACCAACCACAGAAAUAAUCAAGCUGUUGGCCAGUGAUGACAUCAAUGUUCCAGAUGAAGAAACUAUUUUCCAGGCACUCAUGAUGUGGGUUCGUUAUGAUGUGCAGCACAGACAGCAGGAUCUGGGAGUGUUACUGGCAUAUAUCCGACUCCCUCUUUUACCUCCUCAGCUUCUUGCUGAUCUGGAAAACAACAAGAUGUUUUGCGAGAACUUGGAAUGCCAGAGGCUCCUGAUGGAAGCUAUGAAGUACCAUCUUUUGCCAGAGCGCCGUCCUAUGUUGCAAAGCCCUAGAACCAAACCACGCAAAUCCACAGUUGGAUGUCUCUAUGCGGUUGGGGGGAUGGAUGCCUCAAAAGGAUCUACAACAAUAGAGAAAUAUGACCUCCGUACGAACAGAUGGAUCCAGGUGGGCAUCAUGAAUGGGCGAAGACUUCAGUUUGGCGUGGCGGUGAUUGAUAACAAACUUUAUGUGGUUGGGGGCAGAGAUGGACUUAAGACCUCUAACAUGGUGGAAUGCUACAAUCCUAUCACUAAAGUCUGGUCCACUAUGCCUCCAAUGUCAACCCACAGACAUGGAUUAGGAAUCGCUGUGCUAGAGGGGCCUAUGUAUGCGGUGGGAGGUCAUGACGGAUGGAGCUAUUUAAACACAGUGGAAAGGUGGGACCCCCAGGCGAGGCAGUGGAAUUACGUGGCCAGUAUGUCCACCCCACGCAGCACUGUCGGCGUCACAGCUCUCAAUGGAAAGUUGUUUGCUGCAGGUGGUCGCGACGGAAGCUCCUGCCUGCGAUCCAUGGAAUGUUUUGAUCCCCACACCAAUAAAUGGAGUAUGUGUGCACCAAUGUCAAAGAGGAGAGGAGGCGUGGGUGUGGCCACUUACAACAGUUUCCUGUAUGCGGUUGGAGGCCAUGAUGCACCCGCUUCAAGCCACUGCUCACGCCUCUCGGAUUGUGUGGAGAGGUACGACCCAAAAACAGACACAUGGACCACGGUGUCUUCCCUGAGCGUCCCUCGAGAUGCGGUGGGGGUGUGUCUGUUGGGAGACAGAUUAUAUGCAGUCGGAGGCUACGAUGGCCAGACCUACUUAAACAGCGUUGAGUCCUAUGAUGCACAGAACAGUGAAUGGACCGAGGAGGUCCCUCUAAACAUUGGAAGGGCUGGCGCGUGCGUGGUCGUAGUGAAACUGCCUUGAAGGCUCAGAUUCCUUGAGCUGAACUGCCCUCGAAGAACUCGCAGCAUCGCUGAACUGGAAUAACAAAAUACACAUAGUUCAUCAAAGCUAUUGAAAACACUGGAUUCAUUGAAACUGAUUCUUUCUGCUUUGUUUCGAUAUUUCAGCACUACUGCAAACCGACAAAUAAAUGUGUAUAAGAUUUUACUGUAAUGAAAUUUUAUGAGACAAUUUCAUAUUUUAUAUUGAGAGACUUUUGACAUGUAUCCAAACAGACUUUUUUUGAGUUGAACUUUAUCAUUUUAAUAUUUGCAUCUUGCUUACCUCGUCACACAUUUCUAUCUUUUAAAAAUAUGAAAAGCAACUGUAUUUUAAAUGUCAGCGGCAUACUUGUUUACUUGUGACAUUUUGUGAAAAAAUUAUUUUGAUCUUAGAUAAACAAUUUUAAAAGACCACUGUGAAUACUUCCAGUUGUAAGCUUGCAACACAACCUGUAACGCCUAAAAUAUUGUCAAUUUGUCACGCACAGUUCUCAUCUGAAUACACAUUUUGUCUGAGACUAGUUUCAGCACCUUUGUAAGAACUUGUCUUUGAAGUAGAAAAAAAUGAAAGAAAAGCCAAAGUUAUUAGCACGUGUUUGUAAGUAAUGACUUUUAAUUGUAAUACAGUUUACAGUAGAAAAUAUACUAUUAUAUCAUAUUGAUAUUUCACCAUUAUGUAAAGGUUUUGUAAUUUUUAUUGUAUAUAAUUUACGAUCAUAGCUUUUUGGCAUGCUUUAAUAUGUCUGAAUGCCAUUUGAAAUAUUUUAAUCAUCAAAAUCAGCCCCUUUAAGUCUUAUAAAUUCUUGCUUUUGUGAUGUACUGACGUUCAUGUUUCAUUUGGAUCAUGCCAAAACAAAAAUGGUUUAUUGUCUCAUCACCUGUCUGACUUACUGGAAUGUAACAUGCUUAUCAGGUAAGACACAUUUGCAAUACCUGUUCACUGAAACAUUUGUCGUUGUUUAUGGCAUGCAGAAAAAAACUAGGAAAUAAAAUGAUUUUUGUCUUUUCUGA